UAUCCACUCAGGCCUGUAGAACAUUGUUUACCUUUGUUAGUUUGGGGUCUAAAUCAGGUUAUGGUAAUCCAUCGACUGACGGACAAGGGCGUAUACUUAUCCUAGCAAAGGGAUUUCCAAAAACAUAAUCGUCACUCCUACUACACCGUUUGGACAGACUAUAACAACAUCGGAUAUGCAGCCACAGCAUGGAGUUCAACCCAAGGUGGCGCAUCGUAAGAACUUCCCCCGAGACGACCAACACCGCACCAGCCGCCUACACAUCAUUUACGGUAUCCUUUGCGUCAUCCUAGGGAUCGCAGUCGUGGCAUCCAAGGCGGGCGGAGGGAGAUAUGGCUUGAUCAACAUGACCUGCCCCGGGGUCUGGAGCGGUGUCCUCAAUGUAAUCGCAGGAAUCGUCGGAAUAGUCUCAUGCACCAACGAGAAGACGGCCACAAUAGCAGUCACAGCGCUGCUCUCCGUACUGAGUCUGCUCGGCUCCGCCACCUUUACAGUCCUCUCCGUCAUUUCGUGUAUAGUUGACAGAAAUCUCUUCCAGAAAAAACCUGUCACUGGUUUCCCGGACAUUCUAUCCUGACUAGGACAUUUCAAACUUCUACACCGGGUCUACAUAUAAGUGAAUAUUAUGUAAAUCCGCCUCAGAAACCUACUUUAUCAACAGUCUAAUAUCUUAACCUGUUAGAUUAGUUUGUAAUGUUACGCAAAAAGCGCCAUUUAUCGAGUGUCCUUAGAACUGAAGCAACUUAUUUUUGACCACGGGUUCAAAUAGAAGCGAUGACAUCGUAGAAAUUACUUUUUUGUUCUGUAAGUUACACGUUAAUUGACAGCGUGAACUCGUGAAACGCAUACUGAUCUUCCAGCGGUUUUGCCUCUGUAGCCGCUGCCCUGUCUGGAAGCUGAGCAAUGUCAAUACAAUGAGGGUCAAGCCUCGACCAGAGCAGGGGUUGGCAUCGAAAUCAACGCAUUGAUUUUAUGGCAUAACAUUAGUCCAUUUUAGAUAUUAAUGUAAGAGUAACCAGUGGUAGGCAAUGCUAAGCUAAGUAGCAUUAAGUAUGCUAUUCCUUUCUAGACAUUCUAGUGUUUAAAAGGGGAUUAGACUUAGUAGUCCUACUUUGAGUUAAAUGUAAGAAAUGGUAAAACGCGUUUAGACUUAUUUUAGUUUUAUAUACCCAAGUAUCGUGUAUUAACGGUUCAUGCGGUAGUGUACAUAGUGUUAUUGCAGUGCAAUAUUAUUUCAAAUUUACUUUAGUUUAUUAUGCUCACGCUGUUGCACGUAAUGUCGAGGCCAUGUAUAGGCUAUGCUGAAUUUCAGUUCGCAUGAUACAAAAUUGGAUUGGAUUCGUAUCAUCAAGUAAGAAAUACUUGUAAGGUAGGUUUAAGCUUCAAAAAUCCUCUCGUCACUAAGUUGGCACUAGGCUACAAAAUCACCUUUUCUGACAACAGGCCAGUCGUGAAGCUUUUAAUAACCGAUAUAAGACCGUUUCUGAAUAUUCAUGUCUCAGGCCAACUUAUGCACAAGUAUGUUCGAUGCCAUUAUUGAUGUUUGAUCUGGAUAGACAUCCUCACCAGGUCAUCCUCACUGGGUUCGACGACACAAUGUCAUCCUCUUGCAAACACGACUCAGUUCUUUCCAUCGAGUGAAUGACCCUUAUGCGAGGAUGUCCAUUUUAGUUCAUCUCAUGUAUGGGACCUCAACAACUGGCGGUCAUAGAAUAUCACACUUCUUCCGAUUGAACGGCUUUUGUACCCAUGAAACAAACGUCAAGGUUAUUCACCGAAAUACUGAAUCGAGUAUUGCCAAGUAUAGAUUAUGGUAUUACUAAAUAACUUUAUUUUCAUUGAUUACAUAGGAGAUGAUCGAUCUCACUAAGAAUAAAUUGAUUCGUAGGUAUCAGUGCCUCUGAACUUUCCAUUUUAAUUGUCAUUACAGGUCUUAAUUCCACCGACUGCACAGGGAUAUCGGACGGCUUCGUAAACCCAGAUUUGUUUUGGUCGUAAACCAUGGCGCUUAUAACAAAACUGAAAUACGUCACCGCAGGAACAAUUCUAACAAUUGCUGCAGUUGUUUUGAUUACGACAGUCAAACAACCUCACGUGCUGAAACCUUCCUCGUAUGCUGUGGUUACGCGUCAUACGUACAAACGCGUUCCCAGACAUGAUGACUGGAUAGGGUUCAGUGGCAGGGCCCAUGAAUCGGAGGUGAAGUCCAUCGUGAAGACCGAGGGUAAAGCAGCGGCGGUUUAUGGCUCGGGGUCAGAUGAAAACAAACAGUUACUUGAGGAGGUGGCAUGGUCUGAGGUGGAUGAUGAUUCAGCCGAAUUCGAAAACGGAGAAGGAAAUGAAACUAUUGCACGGAGUGAGCUUGAUGGCUCAACCGAAUUGGAAAAAAGAGAAGAAAAAGAAACUGUUGCAUUGAGUGAGGAUGAUGAUGACUCAACCGAACUGGAAAACGGAGAAGGAAAUGAAACUAAUACAUUGAGUGAGAAUGAUGAUGCCUCAACCGCAUUGGAAAACGGUGAAGAAAAUGAAAUUGAUGGAUUUAGUGAAGACGAUUAUAACUCAACAAAAAUGCAAAAUGGUGAAAGGGCAAGGGCAAUUGUUACUUUUCUUAAGUUUGAUAAUGAUUCAGGCGAAUUUGAAAAUAGGUUUGAAGGGGUAAAUGAUACAUCCAGUGAGCGUGUUGAUGUAGAGGCACCAAUUGUUGGUGGUGGUGACUCGAUUGAUGAUGAUGGAAAAUUGCGGACUAAUCUUCAAUUAGGACCUACAAAUACUAAAAAGGUAUCGAAUGGACGCUUAGAAGAUAUCAAAGGGAAGAAGGAAAACAUAGUUUUGAGUUCUAAGGCUCUUAUAGAAAGGAUAAACACUCUACGGCCUUUGGUGUUUCGGAGGAUCAAUGAAUCCCUUGCUCGGACUACGUUGUUUCCAAGCAAACUGGUGGACGAGAUUGCCAGAAAUAUGUCUGCAGGAUUCCUCUCCCCAGAGCAGCGCCUGUCGGAGUGGCGAACACCCUGUUGGAAAAAGUUAGGUGCCCUGCAUUGCCUGCCAUCCAAUUACAUUCUAGGGUUUCAGGGUUGCGCCACGAACGACCUCUAUUUUAGACUGACCGCUCAUACUGAAGUCAUGCCCUCCUGGAGGGCUGAGAGUCAGUUCUGGGCGAGAGAUUUUGACAAUAGCUUUAUCAAGUCCAUGUCUAACUACGGCGCGACUGUUCAGUUAAAGUCAAUGUUCCAGAGCAAGAACAACAUAUUAUUGGAGAGAAAUACCCGUGAUACCUGGCGUUCCGUUACAAAUGAUGGGAAGUUUAGUCCUAGAUAUUGGAACAUGCUACAGGCGCAGAUGAUCAAGAAAUUUACACCAGACGCAAAAUUCAUUGUCACAUUGUGUAACCCUAUCACCAGAAUUCGUCAUUUUUACGCUCGAGAAGACAAAAUGAGACACAAGCGCAGCACAAGGUUACAAUUUCACCAGAAAAUCAAGGACAUCAUUAGCAGAGUGACAAACUGCCUCGAAGACAAAGACUUGGAGGAGUGUUUUAAACACCAGUGGGCAGCGCAAGCCUGUCUUGACUACAACUACCUGGCGUACCUAAAGGACUGGUUGGCUGUUUUCCCGAGGGACCGGUUCUUCUUCAUCAAGACGGAACAGUGGCGCAGGGUCAAGGACAGGUUCAACAUAUUGAAAGAUCUAUACAAAUUUCUGAACAUAAAAACGCCAAGCCAACACCAGCUGAUACUCCAGUCCGCUAUGCAUAACAUUGAUGACCAAAGCUACAGACAUCACGAUCCACACUUACGUCAUCCUUUACCAAAGACCAUAGAAGUCAUGGAGGCAUUCUAUAAACCAUUUAACAAAGAAUUGGCAAACUUUCUCAAGGACAGUCGAUUUCGGUGGCAGAGUUGGUGAACAUUUGCAAGGGGAGAGGUUCUGAAUGAUACGUUAACGCCAAAAACAUUGCAUGUGAAGUGGUGUAUGAUUGCACAUGCUCGACUCGAACAGCGUCCAGCCUGCUAUCAUAAUGCAUAUCUUUGCCCAGUAACACUGGUGGUAAGAACUGCGUUUGGAUAGUGAAGCAUUGGGCACUACAGAAAUAGUUCGAUACUCACACGAGUUAUGCUGUAAUUUGAAGGAGUCAAUCAGACAGCUCAUAUUUAAGCGUGUGUGUGCUUUUUUGGGGUGGGGGUGAUGAUGGUCUUGAGGUUGGGUAAAUGAAUGAAAAUGAGAUAGAGGUUCAUUAGAUUUAUUUGCCGUUGCCAAUUUAGGCCUAGCGACCCCAGGGAAGCUGUAUCGUGGGGGAAGAUGUCAUCAAGAUAUGCCCUGAUAAACCGUUUAUAAGUCAGUGGAACAAUGGGAAUUUAGGCACAGGUGCGAAAGACAAAAUAGAUCGUGCAUUGGGCUCGACCUCAAUUCUCAUAACAACUGUAGGUACGGGGCAAAAUAAUGUAAUGAAAAAUACACUCGUGAAAAUGUUGCAGUUUGUGGAAAU